UAUCUGUGAUCCCACCCACUUCGUUUUCUGGUAAGAUCUUGGCGUCGUUGUUCGUCAUGGCGUCUAUCAAUGAAGUUGUUGCUGGAUUGGUGUAUGAUUAUUUGUUGAAAAAGGACACUUCUCUUGCACAAACAUUUAAGAAGAAGACAAAGGCAAGGCCAUUGGCAAAAGGAUCACCGAGUUUAUUCGAGGUUGUUAAAUUUUACCAAAAAACUAUACCGAAAGCUGAGUCAUCUAACUCGGAUUCAGGUUCUGAUGAAGAUGUUCCUGUCAGUACAUCAAAAGGAAAGGCUGUUUCUGCAAGAUCACAUUUCAGUUCAGAGGAAGGCGGUAGUUCAGAUGACGAUGAGCUUGAGGUUGAUCAUGAGGAUGAAGAUGAUGACGACGAGGAUGAUGAUGAUGAUGAUGAUGACGGUGAUGUUGAUGACUCACAAGUAUUAUCAAAUGAAGCAGAAGCUGAUUCUGAUGGUGCCAGAGAUGCUUUAGACGUGGAACAAGGCGGCUCUUCAUCUGAAGAGUCGGCAGAAACCAAGCCCGUUACUAAGAAGAGAAAGAAUGUGUUUGUUGAGGACAAAGAAGAGGAUACUAAACACAAAAGUAAAAAACAAGCUGCUAAGCCCUCUUCUGUAAAUGGAGCAGAAAAGGAUGACAGUAAAGAUGAAGGAAGAAAUGAAGAGAGAAGGAAUUCCUGGGAGGAUAGGAGAGGCUCAUUUCGUGGUAGAGGUGGAUUUAGAGGAGGUAGGGGUGGUUCCUGGGGCCAGGAUAGGGGAGGGCGCGGCUUCCGAGGUGGCCGAGGAGGGUUCCGGGGUAGUCGAGGGGGCUUCCGUGGUGGCCGAGGGGGUUUCAGGUACAGUGAUGGUGGAGAUGGUUUCAGAGGUGGAAGAGGAGGCGGUUUCAGGGGAAGAGGUGGUCGUGGAGGUCAGAGAGGAGAAUUUAGAAAGAGUUUUGAUGGUAAAAGUGGCCAGGGAGAUUUCAGGAAUAGUGAAAAGGAUGGUGGAUUCCAGAAGGACUCUCAGCAGCAAGGAAAGCAAGAAAAUUAAGAUUUAAGAUAGGUGCUCGAGGUUGUUGGGGAGAACAUUCUAACCAUGAUAUGAAGUUCACACAAGAACUGUUUCUUGGCAUAAAAAAAUAAAGAAAGGAAUGUGAAAGUUAACUUGGAGGUCAGAGUUUUGUGAGAAUUUAUUUUAAUUUGAUUUUACAAGAUUGGUUCUGCCAGUUGCGAUGUUUCAUAACUGAAACAAAUCUUGUAUUAGUGGCAGGUGUGGACUACCAUGAAUGCAUAAGAUGAUACAGUCAUGUUUAUAAGUAUCAGAAUGUAUUUGUGUUCCUUCCAGUCUCAAAAGUGGGAUAUCCUUUUCUUUUAUAAAAAUGUGAACUACCGUAACCUCAGUGGUACUCGAUCAGCUAUGACAAAUUUGUAACACUGGGUGUUAUGUAUUGGAAAUAAAACAUACUUAUGUUUU